AUGACGCCUGAGGGAAGCGCCGAUGCAGGCAGAAGCACAAAUCGAAAUCGGUGGUUAAACCUCCGCCGAGCAGAGCAAUCACGAGCGCGACAGACUGGUAAUUAUGUGAAUAGACGUAGUUUUACUAUUUCAACAGCCAGAUGUUCUCAUACGCUGAAGCUUCAAACUCAUCGCUCACUCAGGCAAGUCUGCGAACGGUGUGACAACAUCGACAAUUACGUCAGAGCAGACCACUACCACUCAGAGACAAUGGCCUACCAAUUCUCGAAAGAACAUGUUUGCAACGGACUUGGCAAGAGAUCGACGCUAAAGGCCGUCGACACGCUGACGCUUCUACUUUACUGUCUAAGCUCCGAUGUUUUUUAUUUCUUCUCUGGGCAGCUUAGUUACGGUUAG